GAACUUGAGAGCUCGACCAGAUGAUCAACAAGGCAACGGAUAUAUCAAGCUCCAAAGAAAAGAAGAGGACUGUCGUUGCUCUCCGAUUCGAGACUGGUUCUUGAAUGUUCCUAUCAUUGUUCUGGAAGAGAUUGCUCUGCAUCCGCUGUCUAAACAGAACUCUGAAGUAGAUGAAUUGCAUCUCAUAUGUUGUCAAGCUUUGAGCGGUGAUUACUUUGCACGAGAAACCAAACAGAUUCUUCGGACCAGUUAUGAAUGGGAUCUUUUACCACGUUCUGUGGGACCGUUGCGAGAUAGCUGGCUUCGGUGGCAACGACGCAACGGAACAAUGCCUGCUUCGGUGACUUUUGCACUUCAUAGGUUGAACUCGCGUUGCAGGAUUUGUUCUGCUUCAUUUUCGGACAAGUCCGAAAUUUCUUGGGAUGCACAGUGUCAACGUGCAUUAGAUGAUUUGCAUGAAAAUCAACUUGGAGAUAUCGAUGAUUGCCUGGAUCACAAUUUGCACCCACAUUUGCCAUUCGCAAUUCUGCCUCCGGAUGACGUGGAAGCUUUGCUGUUUCAUUUUGGCCUUUCUUUGGUUUUCAAAUCGACCAAGAAGUACGACACUGACUCUUCUUCGAAAGUUCAUCACCGUCGUUGGGGCCGUGGACUACUUCAGCCAACACGAGGUAUUGUGGUUGAUAUGGAAGUGCCCAAUGUGACGCAAGAGGAACUACUUCGUUUGCCGGAGUAUUGGUCCUUGUAUGAGCAGCAUGUGGGCACAAUGCAUCAUUUGCCUGCUUGGGUUCGUCGUUUCUUUGAAAGUUUUCCUUGGACGUCGCAAAGGUUGCAAGCUUUCAUUCAAAGUGCCUGCUUUGGUGAACAUACUUCGGAGCCGGAUGUGGAACGUGAUGAAACACGAACUGUCGUGGACCUUGGUAUCAUUUCUGAAGAUGAAGAACUUACUGGCGCUGCUGUUGCAGAACACAAAGAUGUCCAGAUGAUGUCGUCGACCGCGUCAUCUAGCUCGAGGCCGCCUCAAGCAGCACCUGCUUCGGAUGAUUCCAUAUUUCGUGACAUCGAUUGCGAUGUGUCACCGCCUCUGCUUCAAUUUCCUGACGAUCUUUGCAUGACCCGUCAAAGUGAAGGCUAUCAACGUGGAGUGGCAUGUUGGUCUCAGGAAGACGUCAGCAAUGAGAGUGAAUCUGGCAGUGAUGACCCGAUCUCAGAGAGUGAGCCCGUACCAAAUGCAGUCAGCUCAAGCAACAGCGCUGUGCGAGGUCCUCUGAAGGCCUAUGUUGCCUCGAAGCGUGCGCACAAAUAUGGCUUUUGCUCAAUUCAUAAUGUCCCUUUUCGUUUGCACCUGGUGAAAUCAGGACCAAACACCGGUCAAUUUUGGGUUCGAUGUGCCAAGUUUUGGACACGUUUAGAGAAUGGAAAGCCAACACAAGGGCAUGCGUACAAAGGAUCCUUGGAUGCCCUGCCAAAGGGGGCUUUGAGAGCACAGAAGGACAUGCAGCAGCACAUUCGCUUCCAGCUGCAGCACGGUCCUCAAGUUGAGAAACACUAGACUUGACUCGAUUCCAAACCUCUCUUGCUGAAGAGUGG